AUGGAUUCCUCUCCAGCCUUCUCAUUGACGCCACAGCAAAACCAAAAGGCCCAUGCGCUUCUGCAUCUCUUUAUCCAGGAUUAUGGCCUCGGUCAACGCGUACAUAGGGGUUACAGGCCUGCAAAACUAAUCAUGGAGAUGUUUGAACGGGUAACGUCGAAAGACAAUUUUCUAGAAAUUUUCUUUUCAUAUAUGUAUGAGAGCUACAAAGCUGCUGGAGAGACUGGGGAAAUUAAUAUAACUGUUGCUCUAUCUUACUUUGAGUCCUUCACUGGAGAUCAAAGUAUAGAUCCAAGCAAAUCGAUGUUCAUAAAGGGUGCUCUCGAAAGUUUUGCUGAGAAUAUUGUUGACAACUUCCUUCUUCCACUCAGGGCUUCGUCAAGUAAGACCCCACAAGUAACACCAGCAGCAUUGUCCUUGAGUCAGACACCUACACCAUUGGGCACGAGACAGCGUGUAUCUGUCUUACGGAAAGAUUGUCUUGUACGUGAUCACCACCGGUGCGUGAUAUCCCGCAAAUUUGAUAUCGUCGAAGCCAGGAAGCGCAACGCCGAGGAUGGUGAUAAUUGUAAAGAUGACAAUGGAAACCUCUUGAGCAGUAGCUCACGGGGCGAAUUCCAGUAUCUGGAAGUUGCGCACAUCCUUCCUUACAGUUUGACAACAUUGGCGCAGGGAGAGUCAGAGUUGAGCGAGGCAAAAAGGAAGGUGUUUCGAAUACUGGAUAUGUUUGACCCUGGGCUCAGUCACCGUCUUGAUGGCCCGAACAUCGAUAGACCCAUCAAUGCUCUUACACUGACGCUUGAUUAUCAUCGACUGUUUAGUGGAUUCCAAAUUUAUUUCGAGCCCACAGGAAGGCCACAUGAAUAUAAGAUCGACUCGCUUGAAGAGAGUACCUUCCUGCGCGACCCGUUCUUCCCCGUCACUCGUACUCUGAGCCUUAGUCCUAACCAGUCGAUUGAUUCACCAGACCCCAGACUUCUCCGUGUCCACUGCGCCAUUGCACAUAUUAUGAAACUCAGCGGGGCCGGCGACUAUAUCGAGAAAGUCCUGCGUGACAUGCAGGAGGUGGAAGUUAAAGCUGAUGGCUCAACAAAUCUAGGUUAUUUAAUGGGUUUGCGACUCAACGGUUGGUUAACGACUCUUUCAGACCUGCAUGCAUAA